AAACUACAUGAAUGGAAAAUAACCGUCCUUUCAAAAAUUUUCUCAUGGACAAAAAAAUUUCAGUGAAGAAUCAUCAAGAUAUUAUUUCUCAUAUAGAACAUAUAGAACCGAGUUUGCUAACAAAAGAUGCGUCACAAACUAGUAAAAGUAGUGACCUGAGCAAAGCAACUGUGAAUAGUAUAAUUAGUAAGAUAGGAAGGAGCAAAACGAAAAGUAGUCUAGAGCUACUUGUUGGGAGUAAGAUUUCUUUCUUCAAAGAAUAUGGAGGACUUGGUAAAAGAUACUAUGACAGAUUAGGAAACGAUCUAGAUAGAAUAUCACAGGUAGACGUGGUAGCCUCGAUAACUGAAACCAAAGGUUCAGUGCGAGCAAGAGGAAUCAAGUUAGCUCAAGAAAUGAAAAGUCUUGGUAUAGUGGAGAACGAUAUCGUCGUCAUAUCCAGUAGAAGUAACGCUGACCAGACGAUCGUAGUACUAGCCACUCUAUUCUUAGGAGCCAUAGUGGCACCUCUAGACCCUCUGUUCAGCUACAGAGAAUGUAUGACUUUGAUGAGGCAGCUGAAGCCGAAAAUGUGCUUUGGAGAUUCGCGAACGAUCAGCCAGAUUGAAAGGAUAGUAGCUACUAUGGGUUUGAAUGCUCAAAUAGUAAAUUUCAGCAGUGAAGGAUCCGGUGCAUCUCAAUUCAGCAAGAUGCUGAACCACAAGGAAGACGAGUCUUUCAAGCCGACGUUCAUCGAAGACCCGAGGAAGUCUGUGGCUUUCAUUUUACCUUCCCAAGGAACAACUGGCGAUCCGAAACUUGUAUGCUUGUCGCACCAGAACAUUCUAGUGCAAACCAUGGUUUUCCAGGAUAUUUUCGACUUUCCAGAUAAAGUUCUGUCAUUUUUUCCUCUAUCUUGGUUUCUGCAAACUGUGCUCAUCUGUCUAUCGUUUGAAGCUAACACUACCAGGAUUUUGCCAGGUGCCUUCACCGAAAGAAAUGCUUGUAAGAUUUUACAUGACUACGAAAUUGGGCACGCCAUCUUUGGGACUGAUCUUGCCAUGAGAUUAGUGACCGAUGUGGCUAUAAAGGACUUUGACUUGAAGUGUCUGAAAUGCGUGAUGAUUGGAACAGUAAAUACCACGAAAUACGACAUAAAAACUCUGAGAUCGUUGAUGCCUCAUGUGAAAUUCCUGCAAAACUACUGUUUGACUGAAACUGGUUGUAUAGCAGCGACCAAAAUCAAGACCUACGAUACUUCACUGAGCAAGCCAAUGUCUGUAGGAUCUUUGUCCCUGAAUUGCAAGAUUCGUAUUGUAGAUUUCGUGACGAAAGAAUAUCUUGGUCCUGACAAAUAUGGUGAAAUAUACUACAGCGGAGAUGGACAGAUGUUAGGAUAUUUCAAGGAUCCAGAAAACACCCUGUCCAGUUUCGAGAAAGGUUUUUUCAGGACAGGCGAUUUGGGUAAGUAUGACGAAGACGGUUGGCUGUACAUCAAGGGUAGAAUCUGCGACUUGCUCGAAAUCGACAGUCGUCCUUGCAGUCCGAUAGAUGUCGAAGACAUCAUACUGACGCAUCCUUCCGUCAAGGAUGUCGUGGUGAUCGGAGAUGAGAGGGUUCUCAUCGCUGUUGUCAAAAAAAAGCAAGGCAAAGAAGUUGGAGCAGAAGCUCUGCAAAAGUUUGUCAGCGAUAGAAGUCCAAGUAAUAUCCAUUUGACCAGAGUCGUAUUUCUGGAUCACUUUCCUAGAACCACAAUUGGAAAUGUGAGAAAGAAUGCCCUUCGAGAAGAAUACCUCCAUAUAACUAUUCAUUAUACUUCAAGUCUAGCUAGUAUUACAACUUCACCUUCGGCUACUAUUUGAAAAUAA